AUGGGUGGCCAUUGCAGCCAGUGUGCAGAUGUUGACGCAGGUCAUGCCGAGGUAGUUGGGGAAGAUCUUGCUUGUAGCGGCUGUCCGGCUGUCGCUGCAUGCGACCUCUGCUUCUCAUCGCAGAAGCUGAAAGAAGAGCAAGGAAGACUGCGCAUGCUCCUGCAUCAGAGCUCGGCAGAGCUGCAGGCAGUACAGGCUGAGUUGGAAGCAUCGCAGGCAGCCGCAAGUGGCACGGCACAGGAGCUGCUGUCGGUGAGAACUCAGUUGAACCAAUCCCUGGAGCUGCGAGAGCAGCUGAGAGCAGAGGUACAGGAGGAGCAAGCACAGCAAGCGCGGCAAGCACGGCAAGCACAGCAAGCUGCAAGCAGAGCGCAAGUCGAGCGAGAGCAGCUCCAGGUCGAAAUCCUCGAGCUGUCCGAGAGGUUGGAGGCAGCUCGAGAGCUUGAGAAGCUCGAGGCCGAGGAAAAGGAAAAGCAUCUAGCAGAGACUCGAGAGUGCCAGGCUUCUCACUUGUCUUACCCUGACUGGACUGCCUUAAGCAGAAGCGUUUGCGCCGUUUGCUGGGAACCAUCUGCAGACAGAGUGGCGGUACCUUGCGGUCACCAGUGUGUUUGUGAAGGGUGUUUGGCGAAGGUGUCUGCAUGUCCGGUUUGUCGGCAGCCGGUGGAAUGCUUCCUGAAAGUCUUCGUAGCCUGCCCAGCGCACUUCGAGGAAGAGUGCAUGGAGCUUCGAAAGAGCCUCGCCAUGCAGGAAGCUCGGACUCAGGAGCUCCAGACUCGAGCCGAGGCGAGCGAAGCGAGGGGAAAGUCAGCGAAGCUUUGGAUGAAUGCAACCACCGUGCUGAAGCCUCAGGACUUCCAGCGCCUGGCAAAGGCCACGCGUCGCGGUCGUGAGUUGGACAAGUUGCUUUUGCCCCAAACUUCGCGAGCACGCAACGGGGAGAUCCUCACAGACCAGACGAUGGUGGACCUGGUGGAUUUUCAGCGCCAUUUGGCUAGCUUACCUAGGCCGUCCUUGCGACGUUGA